UAUCUUUUAAUUAGGAUUGCGUUUUACUUUUUCUUCGACUUCUUCAUUCCCUUCUUACCUUUUUUCUUCUCUCAAUAAUUCCUCCAUUAUAAUUUUCCCUCUUCAUGCCCCCAAAGCCCCUUUAUUCUCUUCCUUCGACCGAUCUGCUUUUUCUUUACAUAUUCGAGAAUCAAACUUCGACCCCCAAGAAAACUAUUUUCCCUCCAGGCAAACAGAACCGAACCCACAUCCCUUUUGAGUAUUCCCAACUAGAGAAGAAGAGAUGUGAGGAGAUGGACUGCAAGGAAAUGGUGGAGUUUGAUUAUGAAGAAGUUGUGAAAGCGACCCAAGGUUUCUCUCGGUCGAGACUGAUAGGGAAAGGCAGCCACGGAGCGGUCUACCAAGGCUUUCUUCAAGAUAACAAGGUAGUAGCCGUGAAGAGAUCGUCCAUCAAUGGCGUCGAGGCACGACUUGACAACUUGAAGAAGCUAGACAACGAAGUAUCUGUAUUGUCGUCUUUACGUGAUAGUUCUCACAUCAUCAGCUUUCUCGGUGUCAGUCAUGACUCGGCCAAGGACGACAAGCUUUUGGUGAUGGAGUUGAUGGCUAAUGGUUCCUUGCAUGAUUUGUUGCAUGUUGCAGCCACCCCACCCCGGUGGCCUAAACGUGUCGAGAUCGCUAUGCAAAUCGCGAGGGCGGUCCAGUUCCUCCAUGAAGGCAAGCCUUUGGUCAUCCAUAGAGAUAUUAAAUCUGCAAAUAUUUUGUUUGAUUCAAGUUGGACUGCAAAAUUGGCUGAUUUCGGACUGGCAGUCUUGCCAGAUGACUCGCUGAGUCAGGAGACUCAACCAGCCGGUACCAUUGGGUACUUGGACCCUUGUUACACCGCCCCUGACAAACUGAGCACUAAGAACGACGUUUUCAGUUUGGGGGUUGUUUUCCUAGAAAUCAUUAGCGGUAGAAAAGUCAUGGAUAUCUCUAAAGCACCGGCUUCCAUAGUUGAAUGGGCAAUUCCAUUAGUAGAAAAGAAAAGACUAACGGGGAUCUGUGACCCAAGGGUUCCAUUUCCAACGUACAUGGAAGUGAUAGGGAGCAUAUUGAGCGUGGCAUCACGUUGUUUGUCAGACGAAGCCCGCCGACCUUCAAUAGGAGAGAUCGUCCUGGCCAUGGAGACUUGUUCCAUUGACCGAGUCAGAACUAAUUAUAGUACGGCUUGGACUAGCAUCUUACAGAACUUGAUUCUUAUUACGAGGAGGCGGCGAAAAUUGACGAGACAAUGCAGAGCCGUCUGUGCAACAACCCAAGAAGGCGACGGUAGCAGCAAUGUCUCGAGAGGGCAAAUGUUGCUGAAGGAGAUAUUGGCAGAUGUUACGUUGAAAUGAGUUUGGGAUUUGAGUUCGAGUAGGCAGCUGAGUCGAGUCCGAAUAUACAUGGGGAGAGUGGCAGAUGAUGAGUCAAAUCAACUCGAGUGGGUCAAUGCUUUGGGUUUGCCCUUGGUGGAUACAUAAUGCAGGUUUUAAUCCAAAAACCAUGCAUUUCCAAACAGAAGAUUCCCAAAAAGUUG